AUGGCCUCCGCCGCGACCUCGUCGUCGCGGCCAGGCCCGGCCGCAGCCUCCCGUCCGGCGCAAACCUCUAGCCCCCGGCCCUCCGCCGGCGGCCCCUCAUCGCGACCGCCUCCCUCGCGCAAUGGCAUCACCGACCCCAUUCUCCGAAAUACACUGCGAUAUACCAUCUCCGCCAAAGAGUAUGCCACGCUGCACAAGUACGUCCUGUCGCGCUCGCGGCUGCUUAAGAGAGCUGCGCCGAGCGUCACUGCUGUCGAGCGCAUCGUUGAUGGUGACAAGGCCGCCGCCGCGAGGCAAGGGAAUGCUGCUGUCGCUGCUCCUGCGGGGCCUGGUGCUAGUGCAGGGAGGGCUGUUGACGAUUACAAUGCCCGCGCCGUGCGUCAUUCGCUCCGCGUCUUCGUGGGGACAGCCAUAGCGUUGAAGGGUUGGGCUCUCAUCUCGACCAAGUUCCUCGGUGGAAUACCAGACCCCAAUGCCAAAAAGCAACCCCUCCACAAGUCGCCCACGCUCCGACUCUCCCUUUCCCUCUCGACUAUCCUUCUCCUCUACCGCAUCCUCUUUCGAUUCCUCACCCGUCUGCGAGCACAUCUCCUUGACCCGUCAGCGGCACCGUUUCGUCAGCGAAACCCGCGCACGACUGCGACUCUCACGUCCCCAUUCGCCCCAGCCAUUGGCGCGUCCCUUGCCGGUGCAUUCCUCGGCGUGUACCCUGCUCAGCAGCUGCGCGUCACCAUUGCCAUUUACACCUUGUUCAGAGCGCUAGAAUUUGGCUGGAACCUGUGUGAAGAGGAGGGCAUGAUUUGGGGCUUCAAGAACGGCGGAAAGGUCAAGAGGGAACGACCUUGGUGGUGGGGCAGCUGGCUCAUCCAGCCUUUUGCCUUUGGACAGCUGCUUCAUGCUGUUGUCUUUGACCGGGAUUGCUUCCCUGAGUCAUACGGAAACUUCAUUUUCAAGAAUUCCACUGCAUACAUUCAUCCUAGGCCAAACGAUUACCCAUCUCAUCUCAAAUGGCCCAAAGCCAUGGAGAUUAUCGACAACCUCGCCCAGAUGGCAAAGCUGAACUGGCCACCCUUUGUGUCGCCGACUCUCUUCCCCAACAAGGAGACACUGCCACCGACCCUCACUGCAGUGGCUCCUCUUACAUCAUCGGCACACCCCAUCAUUACUUCGCUCUCAUGCGCCACUCUCCACCCAUCCGACCCAUCCUGUCUGCGGACCUAUCUCAACUUCUGGCUCGGUUCUUUUCCCGGUCUCACAAAAUUCUUUUUGCUAAUCUACUCCGUCACGACCUUUGUCCCGCGAUUCCGCUCGCUGUACAACGCUCCGGUUACGACCUUGCAGCGCGUCCUAGCCAAGUCGCUGCGCAUGAGCACCUUCUUGACUGGCGCCAUCUCCACUGCCUGGGCCAGCAUCUGCUUCUUCCAGCAGUGGUUCCCUCGCACUUUCCUAUCGACCCAGAGGUUCUUCUUUGGAGGCUUCCUCGCCGGUCUGUGGGCGUGGGUUGAGCGCAAGAACGGCCGCGGUGUCUUCUUGUACUCGGCUCGAGUGAGCGUCGACUCGCUGUGGAAGGUCGGCGUGAAGAGGAGGUGGUGGAAGGCCAUGAAGGGUGGCGAUGUAUGGGUUUUUGUCAUGGCGUUGAUGCUGACCGGUGUCGUCUACGAGAGAGACGCGAGGGCUGUCAAGGAGGGAAGCUGGAGAAAGGGUAUCAGCUGGGUCCGGGGCGAGGGUUUCAAGGACUGGAGUAUCGAGGAGGAGUCCGAGGACGAGGCACUUCUGGAAAAGACCGACUAG